AUGGAGCGGCAGCAGAUCGUCGCCUUUGGCCUGACGCUGGCAGCGGGCUAUGCCGGCUAUUUGCACAGGCUCGGGGUGACGCUCCCGCAAGAGCGGCUGCGGGCGGUGAUGCGGGGCCCAAGGAUUGCCAGAGAUGUCCAGAAGGUCUUGGCGCGCAUCCACGAGAAGCGCCAGGACCUGUGGCUGGCCUGCGCCUCCACCUGCGCUUUCACCUCCGAGCUGUACUGCCUGUGUGUGCUCCUGAUGCAGCUGAUCGCCCACGGGUACCCAAAGGACAUGUUUCUGAAGUGCCACUUCUGGUCCUCCCUGGUUUCGGCGAUGAUCAUGCGCUGGGCGUCCCGGCCGAACGCCACGCCCAGCAGCAGGGAGACCUUCCUGGUGACCUUUGGCAUCAACCUCAUGGCUCUGCUGAACUGCAUUGACGUGCCCAUCCACCUGCUCUCAGCCAACUAUCUAGGCCGGGUAUUCCUGGCAUCCUUCGCUCCGGACAUGUGGAUGACCUUUUGGAUCGACGUGGCGAUGAUGCCGGCCUUCAUUGCUGCCGGGUGCGCUCGCCUGCACAGCAUCGGCCAGUUCGACUCUGGCAGCCUCGGGCUGGUGAUCUUCAAUGAAUUCGUCUGCGUGGGCUUCACGUUGAUCGUGCUCUUGCAGGUGAGCUCACUGACAGUGCGUCAGGAAGUGGCCACUAUGGAGCUGGAGGAACUCCUCGCGAAGCAAGAGGCCCAGAUCUCGGAGACGGAGGGCAUCCUCAACGCGGCGCGGCGGCUGCUGAGCGUCACCUGCGACUGCUGCGAGCAGCUGAGCCACGACUGGCGGAUCCUGCAGCCCUCCCAGCGGUGGCUGGAGAUCAUUCGCUACCCCCACAAGGACAAGCCGAUGGUCCUCAGCCUGGCCGACUUUAUCUCCACCCAGGACCUGGACCGCUUCAAGCAGUUCAUCGAGACCGAGACCGACGUUCCGUCCUUGCUGCACCUGCGCAUGAAGGAUUUUGCAGGCAGCUCCUUUGAUGCACAGCUUUUUCAAGUGAGAGUGCCCAGCCUUUUGACGGCGCAGCCCCAGCAUUUGGUUGGCAUCACCACCCAGGAGGUGCGUGAGCCGCUGAGCCGUCCUGGGCGCCGCGAGAUUCCCAGCAUUCCCGAAGGUGGAAUUCUGGACGAGGACGACAGCCGCUCCAGCGACAGGAGCUCUACCCAUAGUAGCAACAGGAUGCCUGCAGCUGCGGCGGACAUGCACCGAACGCAGAUGGGGACAUUCUUGCAGCACAUAGAGGUAGUUGACAGCAUGCGGCUGAUUGUGGACCUUCACACUGGGACCAGUGGCUAUGACCUUUGUGGUCUUGGGAUGACCUUCAAGAGUCGGUCCAAGGAGGACAAGGACAGCUCCAAGGGGCCCAAGUUUUAUGAUCUGCUAAGGCGGAGGCACCGAGUUACUGUGGAGGAUUGGCUGCAGGAACACCUGAACUCCUGGUACUACGGGGAGGACUGUGAAGAGAGGUGUUUGGGGGUAAAGCUGGGCGUGGGCGAGAGCUCCGUGCUGGUCGGGGACAUGGGAGUGCUCAACAUCUGGGAGACUCAGGAGGAGCAACUCUACAUGGAGCUUGAGAUGCGGAACUUUGUCGCGCCACAAAAAAACGGGAACGCGGCGCGCGCCGACGAGAACUGA